AUGUCAGACAUACUAAAACUUUUGAUAAUAUGCGCUGUCAUGGGCAUAUCAUCAUAUGCUGUUGGCCUUGUUCCUUUAUCUUUUCCCUUACCUGCGCCCAAAGUUCGGGCUAUCAGCAUUCUUGGCUCUGGCAUUCUUGUCGGCACUGCACUCGUUGUCAUUAUACCCGAGGGGAUCUCUAUGAUAUAUCGUAUGGCGUCACAUUUAGAAGAUUCACAUGAACUUCCUACAUCCUCAGAUAUACCGGAAAAUGAUAUGAUUCGUCUCACCAUUCGUCACGGUGGAACAGAUUCUGGUCCUCGUGCCCAAGUCGGCUUAGCUUUGUUGCUCGGAUUCAUUUUUAUGUACAUUAUCGAAAAACUCUCUUUUCUCAUUGCAGCAUUUUCAGAGUUAUUUUCAGCAAUCCUGCCUUCUUCUAGAUCUUCCAGCGGCUCUUUUACUUCAAUAGAUAUGUCUACAAUUCGAAACAAUAUAUUUGGCGGAAUCUCUUCACGUGUUUCUUCCGCUCCAGCAACACCGUCUACUCCGGCAAAUCUCGAGGCUGGAAAUUCAGUGAGUGGAACCCGGUCUCCUUAUAGUCAUCAUCAUCGCACCGACUCUAUAAUCCAAUCUAAUGGUACAGAUGGGAGUCCGACUCCUGACUCUUCUAACACAAGUUCUACCGCGUUAGGUCUUGUCAUCCAUGCUAUUGCAGAUGGUAUUGCUCUCGGAGCUAGCAUUGCUUCGGGUGAUAGCAGCGUUGAAGCCAUUGUUUUUCUUGCAAUAAUGAUACAUAAAGCUCCCGCUAGUUUUGGUCUUAGUGCAGUUGUUUUGCAAACUGAUGGUGUUCAAGGAGCCAAAAGAACUCUAGCUCUUUUUGCAGCUGCGGCUCCCGUUGGUGCUAUUCUAACAUACUUUAUCAUAGUAUUUCUUGGAUCUAGUGAUACUGAACUCAUCAACUGGUGGACGGGGAUAUUACUACUGUUUUCCGGUGGAACAUUUCUUUACGUGGCUGUUCACGUUAUGCAAGAACUUGACCAAGCUCAACACGGAACACACGGUGAACAAGAAAUAUACCAUAGCACAAAUACGACUGUUACUGAUGGUGCAGAUGCUUUAUUAGGAAUUAUUGGCAUGCUACUCCCUCUUUUAACUCUUUUUGUUCCAGAAGAUUAA